CAGAUGUCAGUUGUUGUGAGGGCGAGUGCGGGGAAACAGCCACGGAUUGCUUCCCCUCUUCCAUUCCCUUUAUUCUUGUGUUUAGUGGUCAGCGCAGUGGACUAACAUGUCUGCCUUAUUUGCCUGUUCCCGCUGCUUCAGCCGGCACCCGUUCGAGGAGCUUUCGCAGGGGCAGCAGCUGUGCAAGGAGUGUAGAGGUUCGUUUCCUAUUGUAAAAUGCACAUACUGUCGAAGUGAAUUCCAGCAGGAAAGCAAGAGCAGCACCGUCACUAUCUGCAAGAAAUGCGAGUCUAUGGUGAAGCAACAUGGCAAACCAUCAGCAUGUGAAUACUGCAAUGUUAUAGCUGCCUUUAUUGGUAACAAAUGUCAACGAUGCACUAACUCAGAGCGGAAGUAUGGACCCCCACUUACUUGUGAUCAAUGCAAACAGAAAUGUGCAUUUGACAGGAAGGAUGUUGAUAAAAAGAAGGUUGACGGAAAGUUGUUGUGCUGGCUCUGCACACUAUCAUAUAAGCGAGCACUAGCAAAAACAAAAGUUACAGAUCCAGCUAGGCAUUCUCACAUAAAGCUUGGUUCACGUUCUGGACACCACAAGGAUAAGGAAAGGCAUUCUCACUAUAACAGACAUAAGCUGAGUGGCCACAAUAAAAGACCCAAUAGGCCCGAUGUUACGAAAAUGCCACAAGAAGAACCUCCGGCAAAGGUAUCAAGAAAUUCUGGUCCAGUUCGAGAUGACCCAGGAACAGCUGAUCAGCUUGUGCUAAUAACACAACUAAGGGAACGAAUAGCUCAUCUUGAGAAGCAACUUUCAGGCAAAGAUUCUCAGCUUUUGGCAAAAGAAAAACAGAUGACUGAAUUGAAGGCAAGUCAAUUCACAUUCGAACAGGAGCUCCGUCAGAAGAUGAAGAAUUGCAGCCGGGAUUACGAGGGCAAAGUAGACCUCUUACAGAAGAAGAUUCGUGAACAAAGCCGUGAGAUUGCUUUGUUAAUGAAGGGCAAAAAGAAGGGGGAUAGGAAUGCCACUCUCUCAGCCACAGAUGGAGGCUCAUCUGGGACAGACAGUCCUUCUGUAGGUGGGAUAUCUUCAGGUAAAAAAGUAUGAUUAUAAGUUACAAAUGAAACGUGGUAGGCCUUGUUCCAGGUAAAGUAUAAAACCAGUUCAUUUUCGAGGACUAAUAUGUAAGAAGUAUAAAUGAUUAGGGCUUUUUUGUAUAGUAAAGUAAUGGAAUAAAAUGUUAAGUCAUGUAAUUCUUAUAAGAGAGUCACUCAGUUUUAGCUGACAUUUUCCAGUAUUGUAUUUGAGUUUUAAGACAAAUUGCUUUUCAUUUCUUGUAAUGUUAUAAGUAGUUGCAUAUUAUGAUCAUCAUGAUUAACAGUAGGUACAUAGCAUAAAGGUAGAUACCGUGCUAUUAACAGUACACCAACUAAAGGCUUGAUAUAUCAUUGGAAACUAGUGAUCAACUAAUGUAUAUAGAUGUGUUCAAACCUAUAUUAAGAAGUGUAAGGCUAUAUAUUUAAUAAACACUUUCUUUAGUUACUUUGGAAAUAAAUGGUUACUGUUAUAUGAUGUAUUGCAGAGAUUAUUACUCUGUAUUUUGUGAUCAUCAUCUAUCAAUAAAGCAGUUAACAGUGACAAGAAAAAUAUCACCUGAUAUUUUUUUCACAUAAAAUGUAGGUGAAGGGACUGUAAUAUAUCAUGUAUGAUAUUUUUUUAGUAGUUACCCAAACAUUUUUAUUUUGGACUAUGAUCUAAGCAUUGGAAACUAGAACAAAUAGUGAAGAGUAUAUGACUCCAUUCUCCUAAGAUGUAAGAAUUUGUUUUUAGAAAGUAGAUCUUUAUAUUUGGAGUUUUUGACCAUUAUCUUAAUAUACAGAAAUGUGAGUAUCUGAUGUUUGUGAUGAAUAUUCAUAGUUGGUCUUGUCUUCAAUAAGUUUUCUUUUUUAUGAUACUGUGCAGUUCAUUUCUUAGAACUACUAAUGAGAAUGAUUGAUUAAAAUCAAUAAGUAAACUGAUAUUUCAUUAUGGAAAAUUGCUCACAUCAAAAGCAUUGUAGUCAAUAUUUGAUUGUAUUGUAAGUGAAGUGAAUGAUUGAGAGGAGCCUGCAUAUGCUAUAAUUCGAUAUGGUUAUGUCCCAAAUUUCCCAAAUGAAAGUAUAGUUUGAAAUCAGAUUCAGUUUUGAUUACAUUUUUGGUUACCAGUCAUGAAAAUGUGAAUCUAUAUCAGAAAUUCUAUAAAUUUGUUGCAGAUUUGGACAUUCAUAAGUAGAAUUUGCAUUGCAGCAUUUAUGAUAUUGGGUGUUGUCUUUUUAGACAUUAUUUGAAGUCAUGAUCUUUUUAGUAUAAUGAAGAUGCAAUGUUCCACAUAUUCAGAUUGUGAAGUAAUGUUUUAUUAUCAAAAAGACUUCAUAGAUUUUAUGGAAUUUUGUAUAUAUAUGAUACUUGUACUUUGUGUUUUUUAAAUCAGUUAUUGGAUUUAUGUAUAUUUCUGAUACUUAACAUGGUAUUAACUAUAGUAAUUGUUUCAUGUGUAUUUGCACAGGCUUUAUAAACAGUUUACCUGCUUCCUUGGAUAUGAAAUAGUUAAGUGAUUUUCAAUUUUUAUUUCACUGUUGUUUCUGUAUAUCCAAAAGGUUAUUUUUGAGGUCACAAUUUUUGGUAAAUUAUUGCAGAACAAAAGAUCACAGUAUUUAUUUAUUUAUUUUAGUAUGUAAUUUAUAGAUAUUGUCUUAAAAGUAAACAAGUGGAUUUGAAGUAUACACAAUAAGUUGCUGUUAAAAGCAAUAGUGACAUGGGGUGUUUAGUUGUAUAAAUUAUUUAAUGUACAAUUUUUUCAGGGCAUUUCUGUCAUGCAUUUGUAAGAUGACAGGUGCAUGUGCCCACUAGAUUUUAAAGUAGGUUUGUUAUAUUCUAAUGCAUAAAAUUUAAUAUGAUUUUCAUGUAACCAUGUUCAUCCUAACUUAUUUUCAUAUUGUGAUCUUUCAUUUAAUCAUAUCAUAAAAUAAACUGAAUCAGUCAAAUUCUAGGGAAAUUAUGCAUGGAGAGUGCAAUAAGAUAAAAUGUGAAGCAUGACAGGUUUAUAUUUGAAGUCAUAGUUUUAGGUAUAAUGGUGAAGAAACAAACAAGGUGUACAAUAUACAGAGGUUAAAAUAUUCCAUUAUAGAGAAGACAGUUGUAUUGGCAGGUACCUUUUAAAAUCUUAUGUAAUGCAAUUGUUCAUAUAGUUUGGUUUUAGAUUAAUUGCUAGGAAUUUUGAAGGUACAAGAAAUGAAUGACUUUUUUUUUAAUACCAGCCAUAGAAGAUGCAGUUUAUGUACUGUAACCUCUAAAGUGGAUCUUCUGUGAACAUAAUAAUGAAGCAUUGGCAGUGUGGGGGGAAUUUUGGAGAACUUUAUUGAUUUAUGUAUUCCAACAUGCACUUAUUCUGUCCAUUAUAGAUUACUUUUCUGUAUGAAACGUGCCCUUUGUAAACAGGCUUUAUGUAAUAAAAUAUAAAAUUUGU